AUCACACUGAAGAGACAGUUGUCUCUCUGCUAACACGGAGACAGAAGGAUUUGAACUGCACAUAUCAGGAAAGAGAGAAUAACAGCUUUCUUCUCAGAGACGCAAUCCAGAAAAUACUUCAGAACUAAGGAGUGAGAAGGCUGCUGUUUUCUUUGGGGUAGAUCACAUAAUAGUAAUACCCCAGCCUGCAGAGACACCAUGGCAAAUCACAAGGACAAUGGAGAAACCCUGCAUGAGCAUCAGGAGGUCUACCAGAGGUAUCCACUGGUGCCAGUCCACGGAAUUCCUCUAAUGGAACCCAUUGUACGAUCCUGGGCUUGUGUUGAAAACUUUGAAGCACGGCCAGAUGACUUACUCAUCGCCACCUACCCCAAAGCAGGCACUACGUGGACACAAGAAAUUGUAGAUCUGAUCCUUGCCAGAGGUGAUGUGGAAAAAGCUUGCCGGGCCCCAGUGUACAUUCGGAUCCCAUUUCUAGAAAUGUGUUCCUUUCCUGAUUUUCGUUCAGGGGUUGAUCUGCUCAUGAGUGCACCAUCUCCACGAGUGAUCAAAACUCACUUACCCUUCCAGCUCCUUCCUAAAAGCUUUUUGGAAAAGGAUUGCAAGAUUAUCUACGUUGCUCGCAAUGCCAAGGACAACCUGGUCUCCUAUUACUUCUUUGACCGGAUGAACUUGGUACAGCCAGACCCAGGGCCAUGGGAUGGCUAUAUUAAGAAAUUCAUGGAGGGCACAGUUGCUUGGGGCUCUUGGUAUGACCACGUCCGGCGUUACUGGGACGAGAGAGCAAACCACCGUAUCCUGUAUCUUUUCUACGAGGACAUGAAAGAGGACCUGUCCCGAGAGAUCCAGCGUGUGAAGAAUUUCCUGGAAGUGGACCUCUCCGAGAGUGUUGUUCAGAAGAUUGCCCAGCACACCACCUUCCAGGCCAUGAAGGCCAAUCCAAUGACAAAUUGUGAAGAUGUCCCCAGCACAGUUUUUGACCGUACAAUAAGCUCCUUUAUGAGGAAAGGUGAAGUCGGUGACUGGAAGAAUUAUUUUACAGUGGCUCAAAGGGAGAUGUUUGAUGCUGAUUACCAGAGCAAGAUGGAAGGAACAGCCCUGCAUUUCCGAGAUGUAUUAUGAACUCAGAAAUGUACCUCUUUGAGGACUUCUACUAUCAAGGGGCAUUCCGCUCCACCUCAAUUUGCACUUUUAU